AUGGUGGUAUUUACUUGCAAUGCUUGUGGCGACUCGCUGAAGAAGAACCAAGUUGAAAGUCACUAUCUAGGAAAGUGUCGUCGUUGUGAAGUUGUAUCAUGCGUUGACUGUGGAAAGGAUUUCUGGGGUGAUGACUACCAAAGUCACAACAAGUGUAUCAGUGAGGAGGAGAAAUACUCGGGCAAAAACUACAAACCUAAAGCUAAUGCUAAUAAAGGGGAUGCAAAACAGGAACUCUGGCUACAGCAAGUUCAACAUGCAAUUGACAAAUGUAAUGCCAAUGCCCAGCUGAAAGGGUUAUUGGAAAGGAUGAAGGAUUACCCCAACAUUCCAAGGAAACGAGCAAAGUUUGAGAAUUUUGUAGGUAAUAGUUUAAAUACAAGGAACAGUUACCUGAUCAACCAGGCAUGGGAUUUGUUAAUGGAAAAUACAACACAGAAUAAACAACCAGAAAAGAAACCUCUUGAAAAUGGUCAUACAAAUGGAACUAGCCAAUCAAAGACAGAGGAGGUUGUUGCUCAACAAGUGAUAGAGGAUCAACCAUGUGAAGAAAGAAAAUUAAGUAAGAGAGAAAGGAAGGAAGAAAGAAGUAAAAAGAGUAACAAAAAGGAGAAAAAAGACAAAAGUGAAUCAAGUGAAAAUGUAGACAGUGAAAAAAGUAAAAAGAAAAAAAGCAAGAAAAGAAAGAGAGAUGAAGAGAUGGAGGAAGAUGAAACAGAGGAGCCUGUAAAGGUUAAGAAGAAGAAAAAAGAUAAAGAAAAUGCUGAUGAGUCUAUACUUACAAACAAUAACCUAGAGGAUGGGGAGCCAGAGGAGGAGAGCCCAGCCAAGAGAGGGUUGAAAUUUGACUGGGUAGAGGUUAUUACCACUGUACUGCAGAGUAAAGGCGAGAUGGCAUUAAAAAAACUCCGUAAGAAGGUACUCGCAGAAUAUUCAUCACAAGGAGGGAGGCCCAUGACUGAGGAAAAGCUUGGAGCGAAAUUUACCAAGAAAGUCACAAAGAACCCUACAUUUGUUGUGCAUAAAGAGCGAGUGAAAAUACGUGACAGAAAAUAGACACAAAUAGUUGCUGCAAUAUGUCAGUUUUAAUUUUUUAAAAACUUGUAAGAUGACAGCUGACCAAUUAAAAGAAAGAACUUUUAUCUAAUUUGGUUCUACUAUUUUGUUAUAAAAUUUAUUGCCACACAUAUUUAGAUAAAUCAUAAUGUUGUCAAUAUGUUUUACACAAAAUAAAAUCAUGUUUACCCAG